AGUUAUUUUAACUAGUCUUGAAAAACUAGACCAAUCUGUCUGCAGAAAAAACAAGAUAGGAAUACGAAUACCAAAUCAUAGUUUUAUAACAGAUUUAGUAUCUAAAGUUCAAAAGCCUUUAGCACUUACCAGUGCAAAUCUUAGUAACCAACCCAGUACUGUCAGUCCACUUCAAUUUAAAAAUAUUUGGGAUAAGAUUGCUGGAAUAUUUGAUGGAGGUAUCACAAGUAAUGAUCAAAGUGGCUCCACAAUAAUUGACCUAUCUCACCCAGGAUUAUAUCAAAUUGUAAGAAAAGGUGUUGCCUAUGAAGCCAGCACUAAUAUUUUAAAGAAAUUUGGUCUGAAACCACAAUAUGAACAAAUUAUUAAAGAGUGUACGGUCGGCAUCUAAUAAAAAAGAUGAGCUCAUUAAACAAUCUAUAACAACUAAUUUAUCAAAUACAGUAAAAGAAAUACAAUAUGCUGGAGUUGAAGAGGGUAAAGGAAAUAAAAUUAGUGAUCUUUCUGAUGCUUCCACUCAACUCUGUACCACAAUUGAAGCUAUGUUUCUGCAUGGCUUAAAAGACUCCUUAACUCAUAGAUUUAAAAGAGUUUUAGCUGAUGUUGAUGAAAAACCUGAGCCAAAUUUUUGGCCUCCAUUACUGGUUAUUUCACACAGACAGAUUAUAGAUCAGAUUUUAAACUUGUCACAAGUAUCAACUGAAGUAGGUCACUGUAGGGCGUGGGUACGUUUAGUACUAAAUGACUGCUUACUUUCUUCAUAUUUGAUGACAAUUCGCCAAGAUUUUUCUGCAUUGAAGUCAUUUUAUACCACAAAUGCCUUUUUACGGGACAGUGAACUUUUAGAAGUUGCCCAAAGGCUUAUAGAAGGAGUUGAGGCCUUUAAAACCUUUACAUUACAUAGCAAUUCUAGUCUUCUUAAUACAUGGCCUUUACAGAGCCUUAUAUUAUCUGGAAUAUGGGCUCCCACUCUUAAAAAUUGCCCUGUGGCCCCCUGUGAUGAUGUAGCCAUGACCAUAGAUGAUAACUCUAAGGAACCUUGGUUAAAUAACCAUGAAGAAAGUUCAGAAACAGCUUCACUAAGUUCAGCCAUGUCCUUUGGAUCACAAGUUUCUGGUUUGAAGCAUGUGGUAUCUUUAUCUGAGGAUGAAGUUUUGAAAAUUAUUUUAGGAAAAAAUAAAGAUAAUAAAGAGGCUGAGUUACCAUGUUCAUCUUCAUAUGGUAGCUCAGAUUUAGAACAUAAUCAAAUCACUGUUGAAGACAACAUAAAUCAUAACGUUGGAAAUUCUAUAAACAGGGCUGGAUGGUCAUUUGAUGGGCAAGAAGAGAAGCAAGACGAAAAAAGUGAGGAAAAUGUAGAAGUUCCAACUAAAGAUGUGAAAUCAAUGGAAACUAGCUUUACAGACCUUAUAGAAAGUUAUAACAUAUUGAGUGGAGCUUACAUCAAAACACCAGAUAUAAGAGAAGUAUGGCAAAAAUUUGAAGACAGGAGGACAGAAGAUUCUACAUCAGCCAUCACUAAUAAUAAAGAAGAAGUUGUGCCGUCAGUGUCAAACCUGAGCCCUGUUAAAACCGAAUCAAUGUCUUUGGCAGUGCAAGUAGGAAAAAUAGCCAAUGAGAAAGGACUUGAUAUCCAAAACUUUCAAUGUGCAGAUUGUAAACAACCUCUAAAUAUAGAACAUAAACCAAAUGUAUGCAAUUAUACAGGAGAUUAUUUCUGCAUAUCUUGCAUACAUGAUGAGAAAAUAUCAAUUCCAGCGCGUAUCAUUCAUAAUUGGGAUUUCCAGAAGUAUUCUGUGUCUAAGAAGAGCUUUAAUUACAUAAAUGAAAUUAAAGAGCAUCCUGUAAUUGAUUUUAAGGUAUUAAAUCCCUACAUCUACGGAGCUGUUGAAGAAAUGGCAGAACUACAAGUGUUAAGAAACCAAUUAAAUUAUUUGAGAGCUUAUUUGUAUACAUGUCGAGAACCAGUUAUUGAACAACUUCAAAAGCAAAUGUGGCCUAGGGAGUAUAUGUAUGAACAUAUACAUCAGUACUCUAUAUCAGACUUGCACGAAAUUCAGAAUAACGUUUUGGCUCAAGAACUAGAAAGGGUGGUUCAUUUUGGAAAAAAUCAUGUUUUUAAUUGUUGGUUGUGUAGACAGAAAGGAUUUGUUUGUGAGGUGUGCAAUAAAUCCAAAGCUUUAUUUCCUUUUGAUGUUGAAAAUGUUUAUAAAUGUGAUAUAUGUAACGCAGUUUAUCAUAAGAACUGUCUUAAUUCUUCAAAACCUUGUCCGAAAUGCGAGAGAAGAAAGAAGAGAGAGAUUCUACCACUUCUUGGUGCUAUUACACUUGAAUGAUAUAAACUUUUGUGCUAAUGACAAAUCUUACUUAUAUCUCAAUGCCAUUUAAGUAUUUGGUUUUUAUUCAUAGCUGUAUCCUAUAUGCCAGACAAGUGUAGUAUGAUUUUUUUUCCUACAAAUUAAUGGAAAUUUCAUAUUCAAAUAUUAAAGUUUUGUAUUUUCAGCCACGAGACAUAUAUAUUAAUUAAUUGUUUAUAUUAAUAAAAAUAUUUUGUUUAUCAA